UGAAAAAAAAUAGGUCAUUUUCACAAAUGUAGUCUUCUUGACUGUACAAUUAUAAUACCAUGUGCAACUUUUGUGCAAGGUCUUUUCUCUCUUUUUUUUUUUAAUCAUAAAACAAAUGGCUUUAAUUACAAUUAUUGACCAUAAUGGGAAUAAAUAUACUUAUUUUUAUUUGUGGAAAAAAACUUUUCAAAGUGGAUUAACUUUAAUACAUAUUACAAGUGUUUUUGUGACAAUGGGUUGCACAGUUUUCACUAAAGCCUUUUGUAUGCACGUACAUUUCUGUAACGUUAAUAUACACAUUAACACGCAUACACGCCGGGCACAUGAUAAAAUGCGUGAAAGAGUUCCUCACAGCCUCCUCCCACGUUUCAUCAAAAAUCAUCCUAAUCGCCUCAUUCUGUUAUCGAUAUGGUUUUGUUCGUUUCUUUUUAUUUCAUGCGAUCAGAAACGUGCCGAGCUCCGUUUCUAUGUUCAAAUCUUUCCCACUUUGCUCCGAAAGCGGCUGUCAUUUGCAGAUGGACAGCGUGAAAUUACUUUAAUACAGCCGUAUAUUUCCGACAAGCGCAUGAUGUGUACAAGCGGGACAAUUUCAAUGAUUUUGAUAGCGUAAACGGUUGAAGAAAAUACACUGUUUGUAUGUGUGUGCGACCCAUAGACUGUUUUCUGUUUCAUAGGUUUGCUUAAUCUGUUCUUGCUCUAAUGUGAUUGGCCAUGCAAGGAGUCCUGCCUAGCAACAAGAGAAUUAAUGCACUGAUUGGUGGAUUACAAAAUUGGUCCUGACCUUUUGGCCUGGUCUGUUCAGUUGCUGGCUGCUGACACCAAAUUUCAAGACGGAAGUUUUUCAUCGUGUGCUAUGUUCGGUGACAUGAGAUAAGGAGAUGUGGAAAUGUAAGUAUUGCAUUUUUGACUCUGCAAAAAGAGGGGAACUUCUCAAACAUUAUCGUUUGAAACAUGGAUGGUCAUGCAAAAACUGUACCCUUUCCAUGCCUACACAAUGACUGUCUUUGUACGUUCAACUCCAUUAGUAGUUUAAAAGUUCAUCUGGCAAAAAUUCAUACAAAAAGACAAUUGGGACACGAUCAGGAAAUAGCACCACUUACAUUUACUUGUCAGCAUUGUGAAUUUUCUGAGCCCGUCCAAGAAGCAGAUUUUCUAAAGCACUUGCGUAGUAGACAUUUGAGUAAAAAUCAAAAGAUACAGUGUCCCUACAAACAUUGCAAGUUUCAAAGCAGUGUUUAUGCGACCUUUAAUGCUCAUAUAUGUAAGAAACAUAGUGAACAUAACUGGAGAAUGCUAAAACCAGAAAUAGUUUCUGGCCAAAGUGACAAGAAUGAGAGUGAAGGACAAGAACAUAUUUAUUUUGAUGAGAUUGAAACAGAGGAUACUGAAGGUGACUCGGCUGAUUCUGUUGAUGUAACUCAUUCUGAUUUAGCAAAUCAGUUGGAACACAAUUUGGCUGGCCUUUUUUUAAAGAUGCAAAGCCUUCUUCAUAUUCCGGCAAGUUCUAUUCAAGAAAUCGUUCAGCAGUUGAAUCAGAUACAUGCAUUGUCUCUGCCACUGUUGAACAAAACUAUUUCAAGUGUCCUGAAGAGGUGUCUUCCAGAUGUUGAUGAGUCCCUUAUUGCAGAGGUGGUAAAUGCUGUUUCAGAAAGCAAUGUUUUUUCCAAAUGCUGUGACUCUGGUGGAUGCUUGUCAACAAUUAAAAGAAGAAACUCCUAUGUUUUAGCUGAGUUUCCUUUGGUUAUGCCAGUAGAAUACAUGAUUGAUAGGGAAACAAAACCUGUUGUAUAUGUACCAAUCCUACCUAUGCUACAGAAAAUGUUAAACAAGCCAGACAUUUUGGACAAAGCACUUUCAGUGCCAGAAUCUGAACCCAUUAUGUACAGUGCUUACAAUGAUGGUCACUACUUCAAAGACAAUAGCCUUCUCAACAGUGAAGAAUUUCGAAUAGCUCUAGGAUUCUAUGUCGAUGACUUUGAGGUAGCCAAUCCGUUAGGGACAUCCAGAGGUAAACACAAAAUUUGUGCAGUUUACUGGGUGUUGGCGAACAUACCUGUAAAACAUAGGUCAAUGUUACGAUCCAUCCAACUUGGUCUUCUCUGUAAUGCUGGUACAGUAAAGGAGUAUGGCUAUGAAAAAGUCAUGCAACCACUUGUUAAGGACCUUGUUAAUUUGGAGCAGACUGGUUUAUUCAUUGAUCAGUUGGGAGCAACUGUGAAAGGGACUGUCCUAUAUGUUUCAGCUGAUAACCUUGGUGCUCAUUCUAUGGCAGGAUUCCUUGAGGGUUUUACUGCGGAGAGAUUCUGCCGUUUUUGCAUGGGAACAAGAACUGAGGUUCAGCACACAGAGUCUUUUGGUUGCAGUGAAGUUCUUAAAGUCCUGAGUGUUAUCAUCAAACUUCAUAUGAUGUCUUCUCAAGAGAAAACUCUCCUAAGAGUUAUUCUGACAGAAGGGGACAUAAGGAAGGUCUCCCUGGCCAAGAAGCCGGAUUCAGUUGACAACUUGGUUGUUGCUUUAAAAGAGAGUUUGGGGCUUAAUUACAACUUUUCGCUUCAGUAUGAAGAUCAGGACUUUGGGAAUGCACUUUGCAACCUAACAGACAUAUCAGAGCUUCAGGAUAGAGCUACACUGAAAAUCAUUCCUAUAAUUGAACUAGAAGCAUUGAAUCAAGAGGAAGUACUGGAUGACUCUGCAAGCACAGCCGACACAGAGAUACUUUCUACCUCAUCACAGGAAAGGAAAACACAGUGGCCAAAAGAAUUUGAGAUCCCUUUCUUCACAGUUGAUGUUGAAUACCGCCUGCGACAGGGGAACCUGGCCUACCUCAAGGACAGCACGUACCUCAAACUGACCAAAGAACUAAAGCAUGACAUCCUGGAAAAGCUGGCUGAAACCAUGUUCAGCUUCAAAGCCUAUCCAACAAAUGAUGACUAUGCACAGGUUGCUGCUGCUCUGGUAAAUAAGCAUCCAUGUCUUCUGGAAAGUGGUUCAUCUACUGGCUGGGGGGGGUGGAAGAAUAGUCUUAAAUUCAAAAUGGGGAAUUUUAGAUCCAAGAUGAGAAACUUGGGAUACCCUGAUGUAACCAUUAAUGGAGGAAGGAGAGGCAUGAACAACCCUGAAGGAAUCCCGUCAAGAAAACGCAUAAAGAAGCCAAAGAAAUGUGAAAUCAACUUUCUGCCAAACUUUCCAGAAGGACAUAAUAAUGACAGCCUUGAAUUGGUUCGUAAAGAAAUUCAAUAUGAAAUGAAGAUGAGAACACCCAGUCCAUCCCUUCUGGCACAACAGAUGGACUUGACUUUUGCGCUUAGACGUAAAGAGAUUGUUGAGUCCGCACCUGCAAUCAGUGAUGUGCUUGAACGCUGGCCUGCCCUCUUUCGUGAGCCUCAGGUUUGCAUGGAGUUCAAUAGAAUUACGGGCAAAAAUCUAAAGCAGGAAUUCUACGAAAACCUGGACAGACACAGUUCACGGUUCAUGGACCUUUUUAAAACCAGAAGGGGGACUCCUGGUCAGCACUUGUUGAACUUUUUACAGCAAAUAAAAUCAGACCAGCCAACUGAGGUCCGAACCCUUGUUCUUCGAGGACUGCCUAUCAUGCUCGGAGAUGAAGACUCUUGUUUCUUCAAGUCAUCUUUAGUGUCUGAUCAUCGCAACACUAUCCUUGAUGUGCCAGUGGGGAUCUUAUUCGAGGACACUGAUCUUCAGCCCCCAAACUCCUUGCAUUUGACUUCUUCAAUUGGAAUAAUUCUUGAAGGCCAAGUGGUGAUGGACAAAAUGCAGGACCUCCCACAGGCAAUCUGUCUUCUCUUCGGUCUGAUUUACGCACUAGACCUGAAUUACCCAAAAUCACUCGCCAACACAUUUGAUUUCAUCCAGCGUGUACUAAUGUCGAUGGGACAGAAUGCUCUCAAGCCUAGAGUGCAGUCUCUGGCAAACCAGCUCUUUGCUUAAGAAACGUCACUGUGAUACUUAAACACCAUCCUUUGUAUUGGGUUUUUCCCCCUCGAGCUACUCCAUUAUCCAUUUAUGAAGAAAAAAGUGUUUCAAUUGUUUAAUGCACAGAGUUCUUCAAUUGAUGUGCAGUUGUUAAUUCGAGAUUUUGUUGCCAUUGUUACACCUCUGUAAUGUGGUUGUGACCCGGUAAUAUUUCCAUUACAGUAAAGUUUGUACUGUAAUAUUGUGACAUUUGGACCAAAGACACUGAACAUGUUCAGUAUGUUUUAUUUUAGUUUGCUGUGUUUGCACAAAGCUUAAAUGGUGAAAUGCAGUAAGAAUGUAGUUCUUAUGUUUAGCCUACAUGUUCAGUACAUUUAACAAUUGUGAGGUAUAAAGAGUAAUUAUGAAGUGCACAGAGUUGUAAAAAUAAUGGAAGUGCACUAGUUAAUGGACACUUUACAGUGUUGUUGUGAACCUGUAAUAUUUCCACUACAGUAUAGUUUGUACUGUAAAACUGAAAUUCUGGUUAAAGACACUAUCUGUUAAGUAUGUUUUAUUUUAGUUUGCUAUGUUUGCACAAAGCUUAAACAGUCAAAUGUAAUAGUUAUGUUUACAUUAACAUAAUUGUGAUACUUGAGUGAAAUAUAUAUGUGCAAUGUAUGUUGUACAAUUGAUGUACUGCACUAGUUAAUUUUGUUACCACCUUUACAGUGUGGCUGUGACCCAUUUCCAUUACAGUAUAGUGUUUACUGUAUUUUCAUUAAUAUUGUGACAUUGUCAAUAAAAAGUCAAAGAUUAAAUAUGCUGUUCACUGUUUUAUUUCAAUUUAGUGUGCACAAAGCUUGCAGUCAAAAAUAAUUCAGUUUAAGUUACAUUUCCAUGUUGAGUUAACUUAAAUAUAUAAGUACACUUGAAAUUAAUACCAAGUUAAGUGAACAUAAUUGUUUAAGUACAUUAAAUAAGUGCCAAGUUUGGUGAACUGAACAAUUUAAGUAUAGUCUACAAAACCGCCAAGUUAAAUAAACUAAAAUAUGCAAGUUUUGGGAGGCUCCAUUACUCAAUUAAAUUGAGGCAACGAGUUUACUCAAUCAAAUUAGUUCAGUCAACUUAUUAGGGUUUU